UGUGGAUGUAAUUGGCACUUAAGAGAUAUGCUGAUCGACCGGUACGCGCGUCUGUAGUAGCUUUAGAGUAUGUCAUAUAUUAAACAUGUCAUUGUCUCUAAAAAAAAAAAGUUUUCGCGCCAAUCCAAAUGUUAAACGUCAAACUCCAGUAGAAAACUAAUCUCUGUCAGCGUCAGGCGAUUCAAAAAACCUUUUACAAGAAAAUCACUUUGUUAAUAAUACUCUACGAAUGAAGUUUGUUAAUAAAUAAAUAUUAAAACAUGGCGGAAUCUAUAGCUGGACAAAGGGCUAAACGCCAAAAAACUGAUAAGUUCGGAAGAUUAUCAGCAUUGGAAAAGUUAAAAAAUUUAAAAGGAAAAGGUUCAAAAAACAAGUAUGAUGUGGACGACAUGGAGAACGUAUACGACACCGUGGAUGAGCGCGAGUACAGCGCGCGCGUGCAGCGCCGUCAGGAGGACGACUGGAUCGAGGACGAUGGAACAGGAUAUGUAGAAGAUGGCCGUGAAAUUUUUGAUGAUGAUGAAGAUGUUGAUGACACUUAUGUAUCAUCCACAAACAAAGAAAGUGGCCGUGGUCAAAAACGGAAGGCUCGCAUUGCAGCCCCUUCGGCCAAAGGCAACAUAAGAAAUUUACUGGGAGUUAUGCCCACUAGGAAAAAAGAGGACACUAAAAUAUCAGAAGAUAAUAUUUUAUCAGAUAUUAUGUCAGAUUUGGAUGGCAAUGUGGCAUCAGCAGUUGUCAAACCAAAAGCUCUGAUUGCCCAGAAGGUUAUCACUGUAGAUUCAAGCAAGAAAGACGCUCAGAACUAUUUCAAAAGCCUGUCCUCUUCAGUGAAAAAGACUACAAAUAUUAGUAAGCAGCAUACUUUUGAAGUCAAAACAGAGAGAGAUGACAAUGCUGAAGACAGGGAGCCUCCUAAAUCAUAUGAAAAAACAGUAUCAAGUAAGCCUGAAUGGACUAUUGACAAAGAUAUAAAAAAAGAAUUGGAUGACAGUGCUUCACAAACCAUUGAAGAGUUUCAAACACAAGAUAUUGACCUUCAUGAUGAUUUUCAUAAUGAUGCUUUACCAACUCAGACAGAUGCUGUGGCAAAAGAUGAUAAGAGCACUCCCAGUUCUGCUGCCACCAUAACUGAUGUGGCGGAUGAAUUUCUUACUGAGCAGUUUGAAAUCUUUUCCACAUCAAAGAAAGAACCUUCCCCUAUUAAGCUAAAAGAAUUAUCUAAUAACUGGAUGAAUGAGAUGGGUGACAACCAAGCCAGUUUAGCUGUCCAAACUGAUGGGUUGUUGCCCCUGCAGACUAAUGAAAAUGGAGAGCAAAUACUGAGGUUUUACUGGCUGGAUGCGUGGGAGGACCGCUAUGUGAAGCCCGGGGUGGUUUACCUGUUUGGGCGCGUGUAUGUCAAGCCUGGCAAUAAGUCUGCAGGAACAGUAUCCUGCUGCCUGGUGGUCAAGAACAUAAAUCGACAGUUAUUCCUUCUACCAAGAGAAUAUAAACUAGACCCGAUCACCUUAGAGGCAACGGAGCAAGAGGUGAGUAUGAUGGACGUUUACGAGGAGUUCAACCAGUCGGUGGCGGGCGAGCUCGGCCUGAAGGAGUUCAAGUCGCGCAAGGUGGCGCGCAGCUACGCCUUCAGCCUGCCCGACGUGCCCGCCGUAUCCGACUAUCUGGAGGUCAAAUACUCGGCAGCAUGUCCAGCGCCCCCAGUGGGAAAGAAGUAUCUGACGUUCUCGCAUAUAUUUGGCUCCAACACAUCUUCGCUGGAGACUUUUCUGCUGGAGAGGAAGAUCAAAGGGCCCUGUUGGCUGGAGGUGCGGCAGCCCGCCGCGGUGCAGGCCAGAGUGUCCUGGUGUAAGGUUGAGGGGGCCACAGAAAAAAUGGAAAAUAUAAGCGUUAUUAGGACUGGUGACUUAGAACCUCCGCCAAUAGUUAUAUGCGCGAUUAACAUGAGAACAAUCACGAAUGUAAAAACUAGGAAACAAAAAAUAUUAAUGCUAAGCUGUUUGGUACAUAACAACUUCCCUGUGCACAAACCACCACCAAACCCGCCUUUCCAGCAACAUUUCUGUGUGGUCACCAAGUGUGACGACCUGUGGCCGAUGGACCUGAAGCAGGCGCUGUCUCAGUACAAAGCUACCAAGUUGACUAAAUGCGACACGGAGAGGGAACUGCUAAACUAUUUCAUGGUACAAUUCUGGAAACUAGAUCCAGAUUUGGUCGUAGGCCACGAUCUACAGGGAUACCAACAAGAUUUAUUAAUAGGAAAUGUAUUAGACAUGAAUAUACCAAAUUGGUCUCGUUUGGGUCGCCUAAAGAGGUCUACGGUUCCUCAUAGAAAAUUCGCAAGUAAAGACGCUUUUUUGGGACGGCUGGUCUGCGACAUUAAAGUUUCAGCCAUGGAACUCAUCUCGUCGAGGAGUUUCGAUAUGGACACGCUAUGUGUAAACGUUCUCAAAAUGGCCGAAGGCGAACGUGUCGACGUGGCUCUCGAAGAUAUACCCAGAUAUUACGAAAACAGCGGCGAUCUCCUUCAGCUAGUGUCGCUGAGUAUGCAAGACGCGUCCUACAUACUCAAGAUAAUGUGCGAACUGAAUGUUAUUCCGCUCGCCUUGCAAAUCACGCAAAUAGCCGGCAACGUGAUGUCGCGGACGUUGCUGGGCGGGCGCUCCGAGCGCAACGAGUUCCUGCUGCUGCACGCGUUCACGGAGCGCCAGUACAUCGUGCCCGACAAGGCGGCCGGCCGCGCCGCCGCGCCGCCCGCCCCGCAGCCCAGGAGGAAAGCCGCCUACUCCGGCGGCCUGGUGCUCGAUCCUAAAAGAGGGUUCUACGAUAAACUCAUUCUGCUCAUGGACUUCAAUUCCUUAUAUCCCAGUAUAAUACAGGAGUACAAUAUCUGCUUUACUACUGUAAAAAGGAAGAACGCUUCCGCCCCCGACGAUGACGUGAACAAUCUAGUGCUGCCGGGACCUAAUAGUGAAUUUGGCGUGCUACCGACGCAAAUUCGAAAAUUGGUAGAGAGUAGAAGAGAAGUUAAGAAGUUGAUGAAGGCGAGCGAUCUGCCCCCGGAGCAGUACAUGCAGUACAACAUCCGGCAGACGGCACUGAAGCUGACGGCCAACUCCAUGUACGGCUGCCUCGGGUUCGCGCACUCGCGCUUCUACGCCAAGCCGCUGGCCGCGCUCGUCACCAUGAAGGGCCGCGAGAUCCUCCUCGACACCAAGGACAUCGUGCACAAGCUCAACUACGAGGUGGUCUACGGCGACACCGACAGCUUGAUGAUCAACACCAACUGCUUGGACUACGACUACGUCUUCAAGAUCGGCAACGAUUUGAAACGAGAGAUCAACAAGAAGUACAAACAGAUUGAGUUAGAUAUUGACGGCGUGUUUCGAUACCUAUUACUGUUAAAAAAGAAAAAGUACGCAGCAGUCGUAAUUAGUAAAAAUAAAAGCGGAGAAUAUGUAAUGAGUCAAGAACACAAAGGUUUGGACAUCGUGCGGCGCGACUGGUCGCAGCUGGCGGCCGAGGCGGGCCGCUUCAUCCUCACGCAGAUCUUGUCCGAGCAGACCGCCGACGACCGCCUCGAGACCAUACAGGCCCAUCUCAAUAAGCUGAAAGAAGAUCUCGUGGGUGGGAAAAUUCCUCUCUCUAUGUUGACCAUAACGAAGCAACUGACGAAAAACCCUAGCGAAUAUGCCGACAAACAUACGCAACCGCAUGUGCAAGUUGCUCUCAGACUUAAUUUGAAAAAUAGUAGACGAUUCAAGAAAGGCGAUAUCGUUCCAUAUAUUAUUUGCGAAGAUGGGACUGCGAAUACGGCGACGCAAAGAGCAUAUCAUAUAGAAGAACUAAAAAGUUCGGAACAUUUGAAGGUAGACUACCAAUACUACUUGGCGCACCAACUUCACCCGGUCAUAUCGCGUAUCUGCGAGCCCAUCGAGGGCGUGGACCCGGCGCGAGUGGCCGGCUGCCUCGGCCUAGACCCCUCGGGCUACAGGCAAGCCGUCAAAAAGGAAGCCACGCAGACGGACACCUACGAACUCGAAAAUGAACAAGAAAAAUACAGACAUUGCAGAGAAUUCAUUUUUAUGUGCGUCAGUGAAAAUUGUAAGACGGAGAAUAAAAUCAGGGAAUCUUUUGUCAAAAUGGACAAAGAGACCGUAUCGUUCAUGGAGUGCUGCCAGAACCCUAAAUGCAGCGCGAAGCCUGUGGACUACUUGGCUAGCAUUCAGAACGCGCUGAGCGGGCAGCUGCGAGGGUGCGCGGCGCAGUACUACGGCGGCUGGCUGGCCUGCGAGGACCCCGCGUGCGCGCACCGCUCGCCGCGGCUGCCGCAGGCCUUCGCCGGCGGCUUCCCGCUCUGCCCGCGCUGCGAGAAGGGCGUCAUGUUUAGAGAAUACACUGAAAAAGACCUCUAUCUGCAAAUAAAUUUCUUCCUCUUCCUGUUCGACAUCAACAGACACAAUAACUUAAGGGUCCGAGUCGCAUCACACGUGGCUUCAGCUUUCCAAGUAUUGAAAGAGAUGACAGAGGAUUGGUUGGCUCACUCCGCCUACUCUAUAAUAAACCUUUCAAAGCUGUUCCGCUUCUUCAGCGUGGACCCGAAACUCGGCACCAAGGCGAAAGCGGAGGCCGUCGAGAUCGACGUUCUCCCGGAGACUGAACACAUAGACGCUUUCAUGGAGUUAGGCUCCUAUUAGUAUACACACAAUCUAUGUUUAGUUUAAUCGUCUAUUUUUAUAAUGUUUUUCAAUAAACUUAUUUGUAGAUAUC